AUGUCCUGGUCGUCAGCUCACUUUCCUCCUCCGCAGCUCGGCGAGGUCGCGGAGGAAGUGGCCUCUCUGCUCCGCGAGCGCGGCGAGACCAUCUCCGUCGCCGAAACCGCGGCUGGAGGACUCAUUUCUGCGGCCUUGCUCGCCACGCCGGGAGCCUCACGCAUAUACAAGGGCGGCCUCACGCUGUACACGCUGCCUUCGCGCCUCGCGUACGCGGGCUGGACGCAGGACGACCUCGACAAGUACAAAGGCCCUACGCCGGAGGUGGUCGAGGGACUGGCGAGGCAUGUUCGAGGGACUUUGGAGUCGGAUUAUUGCGUCGGAGAGGUAUGUGGCGCUUUUUGA